UGUCUAUGUUUGGAGAUGGGACAUGGAGGAGACUUAAGUCUGAUCCAUUCUGUCCCUUCCUCUGAACCUCUCCAGUCCACCUGCCUGCCACCCUCCAGAGGAUGUGAGCACUGGCAGGCACUGCCAGUUGCUCCAAAGAGAAAUCCUUCAUCAGGAAAACAAUUAUGGCCUCAGUACAUCGGGAGCCUGGAUGUGCCACGGCCGAACAGCCGGGUGGAGAUCGUGACGGCCAUGAGGCGCAUCAGGUAUGAGUUCAAAGCCAAGAAUAUCAAGAAGAAGAAAGUGAAUCUCAUUGUGUCGGUGGAUGGCGUGAAGGUCAUUCUGAAGAAGAAGAAGAAGCUUCUUUCAUUGCAGAAAAAAGAAUGGGCCUGGGAUGAGAACAAAAUGCUCGUCAUGCACGAUCCCAUCUACAGGAUAUUCUAUGUAUCUCAUGACUCCCAGGACCUAAAGAUCUUCAGCUACAUUGCCAGGGAUGGGUCUAGCAAUGUCUUCAGGUGCAACGUCUUCAAGUCCAAGAAGAAGAGCCAAGCCAUGCGCAUCGUGCGGACGGUGGGGCAGGCGUUCGAGGUGUGCCACAAGCUGAGCCUGCAGCACACCCAGCAGAACGCGGACGGGCAGGAAGACGGAGACAGCGAGAGGAACGGAGAUGACCUGGACGUCCCAGCCUGUCGCCUCUCCGGUGUGGAGAGAGCGGCCGCUUCGGCUGAGGAGACCGACAUUGAUGCCGUGGAGCUGCCACUGCCCGGAGCUGACAUCCUGGACUUCAGCCGCGGCGUGACCGACCUCGAUGCCGUGGGCAAGGAGAGCUGCCUCCACCCUGAAGAUAUCCUGACAGCGUCACCCAAGAUGCUGCUGCCCUCAUCUGCCCAGCUGCCCGACCUGGGAACACCCCUCUCUGCCCACCACCAGAUGCAGCUUCUCCAGCAGCUCCUGCAGCAGCAGCAGCAGCAGACACAAGUAGCCGUGGCGCAGGUCCACCUGCUGAAGGACCAGCUUGCAGCAGAAGCAGCGGCACGGCUGGAGGCCCAGGCUCGUGUGCACCAGCUCUUGCUCCAGAACAAGGACUUGCUGCAGCACAUCUCACUCCUGGUCAAACAGGUGCAAGAGCUGGAGCUGAAGCUGGCGGGGAACACAACCACAGGCUCCCAGGACAGUCUGCUGGAGAUCACCUUCCGCUCCAACGUCCUUCCUGUCCUCUGCGACCCGACCACCCCGCAGCCCGAGGACACCCACCCGCCGCCGCUGGGCCCCAGCUCGGCUUUCCCCAGCACCAUGGGCAGCCCCAUAGGUAGGAACGACUGUCUGGUGAAGCUGGAGUGCUACCGCUUUCUGCCGGACUCGGGGCCGCCUGCCCCAGAGCCAGCACUGGGCAGCCUGGAGCUCAUCAAGUUCCGCGAGUCGGGCAUCGCCUCCGAGUACGAGUCCAACACGGACGAGAGCGAGGAGCGCGACUCCUGGUCCCAGGAGGAACCGCCGCGCCUGCUCCACGUCCAGCCCAGGCAGGACCUGGGCGACAGCCUGGAGGACGAGAUCGCGGUGUAGGGGUCAGCAGGAGGUGGUGCACAGCAGCCAGGACCUGCUGGAGCUGGGAAGGACCCUGGCCGCAGCCCCAUGGCCCUGGCAGGGACAGGACAGCCCGGAGGGAGGGGGGGCAGAGGAGGGAGCAGGAGGAUUCCAGCACCCAGUUGGGAGUGUGUGGAGGUGAGGAUGGAGCGGUGCCGAGGGCGUGUGCCAGGCGUGCUGUGCUCCAGCAUGCGUGGGCUUGUGUGCUGAGCAUCCCUGCUUUGCAGCAGACACUGAGGUGACAGCUCCUUGUGCUCCCCCUGGCCCCUAUCUCCCUUCAAACUGUGUGUCAAAGGUCAGGCAGAGGCAAGGCACUUCCUGCUGGAUUAGCCCCUUCUGGGGCUGGAGAAGCAGUAAAGCAGAGGAAGGGUUUUACUGGGAGGAUGGGAGAGCAGGUCUAGGGCAGUGAGCAGGGACAAAAGGGAUAGAGGGGGCAGCGCCGGGGUGGUGAGCAAGGACAGAGCAGCUGGUCUGGCUCUCUGCAUGGUGGGCAGGGUGGGGGACAAGUACAGGGCCAUGCUAGGUGAGGGUUGGUGACGGUGCACUGUCAGAGUGGGUCUGUGAGUGAGAAGUGAGGCAUUAAUGGACAGUGGGGAUGAGCCUGGAAAGGAGUUUAAGGGGUGAGAUGAGGUUGCACAGGCUGGCUGUGUGCAGGGAGUUGCUGGCAGGGUGAUGUGGCACUUCCAGGACAGGGUUUAUCCCUGCCGAGGCAGGUGGAGGGCGUGUGGGUAGAUCCUGCUUCUCUCCCAGGUGGUGGAGCAGAGAGGAAGGCACAGCUCAGUGUGGAGCAGGCAGCACAAAGCUGUAGAGCAUCCUCCCCCUCAGCAUCUGAUCCUUUGGCUCCUUGGCACAGCUGCCAGGUUUCAAAGCCUUUUUGGUGCUCUGAAGUCACAUUUUCAAGCACUUCCCAUCACCGCAAACUCCCUGCUUUGCUUUAUAGACAAACCCUCCCAAUUUCCAAGCAGUUGUUUUGCCCCAGACCAAGGCUGGCAUCUUCAGGGAUGAGCACACUUUCAGCCCUCAAUGGGGAGUGAACUGCUGGUGUCUGCAGGGGUGCUUCAUCACACCUCUGGUUUGCACCCUCUGGAAAAGUGAAUCCAAGAUCUCGGGAUCCCCCACCAGCCCUCGAGAAGCUCAUGGCUUAGAGCCUUCUGUGGGGGCCUCCAAGGGAUCCAGAGCUUGUUUCUUUUCUGCAAACACUUUUAUCACCUGCCUGGUGCUGAGCCUCUAGGAGGCCAUGAUUGAAGGGGUAUGAACCAGAGUCCUGAUGUCUGCCCUGCUUCAUGUGAAAGCACUCGAUGAGGUGGGGAAUUGGCACAGUUGUCUUCUUCCCUGUCCUCCCUCCUAUCCUGCUUCUGCUUUGCUUUGUUGCUUCCUUGCUGCUCUCACCUUUGUCAGCUCUGUCUCUGCUCAAUCUGCCUGCAGCUAAACCCCUGGCUGACGCCAGCUCUUGCUCUCCUCCAGGACUUGGCCUGGCUGCUGAGGAAGGUCCAUCACUUCUCUCUGCCCUGGUCCCUUUGGGACUGAGGGCUGCUGAGGAGUGAUGUGUGGAUGAGACCCUGGGGUCAGUACGAGCUGUGCUAUGCACCCUCCCCCACAAGACAGGACUGGAUGGGCUUGAGGAGCUAGUGGGAAGGAAAGAAGGGCAUGUUUCAGUGUCCCCAGCAGUGCCCUGAUGUCCAGGGGAGCUCCUGCACCAGCCACAGGGCAGGCAGAGGGGGAGAGGGUGCUCCUGUCCUCUGGCCACCACUACCUCCAUAUGCCCUGUCCCACAGAGCUGUAGGCACAGCUGUGUGCCAGCCCCUCUGCUGGGGACCCGACAUCCCACUGCCAGCUUGCAGCAGGUGAAGGUGAAAGCAAGGGGUGGGAGGCUGCUCCAGCUAGGGAGAAGAAGUGGGCAUGACAGCACGCACCAGCAUGGCACUUACAGGGUAGGGAUAGUUGGGCUUGGACAGGGAUUUCCAUGUGGGCAGACAGAUUGUUCAGGAGAGGGGACAGCAGGAGCUCAGCUGUACACACAGGGCAGAUGCAGGGAGAGCCUGGGAGGAGCAACAGCCGGCCAGAGGUCUCUUCCAGGCUGGGCUGCCUCAGGAAGCAGGUGGGGGGAGCCAUCUCCUGAGCCACCGCUCUGGUCCAUCCCUGCUGCACACACAGAGCUCAGGCCAUGUCCUGUGAGCACUGGGCUGUCAGGACCAGCUGUGGCCUCGGGCUCCUGCCCCCCACUCUGCCCACAGGGGACAGUGGCAGGUGCCCCACAGGCCGAGGGGGUGCUGCCAGCAUCAUGCUGCACCAUGGGUGUACACAUGUAAAUGACCCCUCCUAAGUCAGCGCUGCCUCCAAGACUCCUCUCUAGCCUCUCACUUUUGUUAUGGACCUUGACAGGGGUUUUAUAGCUAUAUUUUUUGUCCUUUCUUUUCCUACAACUGUCGUAUUACUAACUGUUGACUCAAUCUAUCUGGGAAGCCAAUCUGUCGAUGUAAGUGCACUUAACCCUUGGGUGUUGUCAUUAGUCAACUGGCUUUUGCUAAAUAAAUCUUUCUAUUUCUCAA